AAAUAAAUCAACUGACAAGAUGUUGUGUACAUUUUGCCCAUCAUUACGACAACGCACCGUCAAUAGCAGAAAUCCUAAUAAGGCUCUCUUCUCUCCAUCUCUCCUAAUUGCAGCUUCCACAUCGUCACUAGCAUCAGUUGCCACAACUGCGUCGUCAGAUCCGGACGAUCUGGACGAUCCAACAUCACCGUCAACGGUCCGAAAGCGCUCCCGCCGUAUGAGUAACUUCCACAGACAUCGCCACAAAAAGAACUGCGACGACAAUUCUACCGGCGGCGGCACAAUGUCCUCCCCCAAUAGGAGCAAUUGUGUCAACUGUACCACUCGAACUCGUCUGGACGAGGACUGUCCUGUGCCGGAAGUAGCCACCAGUUGGCACGACGGAACUAGUGACCACCGCCGCGAGUCCCGCGUAAUCACUGCCACUGCCAGUAGUAGUCCCACUAGUAGCACUAUCAGUUCGAGUCCUAGUUGGAGCAACAACCACAAAAGUCAACGCAGCUGGAAUGUGAUGCUGGCCACGUGUCCUGCCCUGUUGCUGCUCCUGCUGGCGUCCCCCCUCAUCCGGCUCGGUGGAGUCGAAGCCGAGCCGGCGUCCCGGGUGCUGACGGCGGCCCAGAAGCAGGCCCAACUAAACCAACAGAACCAGCAGCAGCAGCGCCACCAGUGUGCCAUGUCGGAGCACACGUGCAACAACGGGCGCUGCGUCCCGCUGAACAAGUACUGCAACAAUGUAAACGACUGCGGGGACGGCAGCGACGAGCCGCGGUUCUGCACGAGAUGCAACCGAACCUACUACGGCAACAUUGGCUUGACGUACGACCUGGAGCUGCACCGGCCCAAAGAGGACCGAAUUCCGUACGUGUGCAUUCUGACGUUUACCGCGGCCGGCGGCAACAACGGGGAUAUUGUCCAGGUCACGCUGGAAAGCUUCACCCUGGGCAAGUUCGUGUCGUACACGGACAAUGGCUGCCCGGACGGGUACCUGCAGGUGGCGGAAGCGUCCCGCACCCCGGUCGGUGGUAUGUGGUGCGGCACCACGUGGGGACCGGCCAUCUUCUACAGCGAGACCCGGUCACUCGUCAUGACGGUCAAAUUGCUCAAACUCUCCCGGGACCAGAGCGGGUACAACUUUGACUUCCGGAUACAGUACAAAAUGCUGUCGCGGGACAGUGCCGUGGUGCGGUACGGUGGCAUACGGCACGACCCGGUCACGCCCUGGACCAACGUCACCUACAUUCCCAAUUAUCCGAUAAUUGACGAUUUCACCAACUCGACGGCCCACUCGGAGCAGCAGUACGGCACCGGUUACGACCCGGGCGGAGGAGGAGGAGGAGGACAGACCGGUGGCGGUAGUGGUCGACAGGUGGAGCUGAGCUUCAACAAUUCAACCGGACGUGCGAUGACCGGACUGACUGGGUUCGGCAAUGGCAGCACUGCACACGUCGGUGGUUCCGGUGGUCUUUUUGGCCAAACGCGGGACCGGCCGUAUUCAAUUAGGAACCUUACAUCGCUCGCAUUCCAGCCGGUUGGCUCGAGGGAGGAAAACUACACGGAGCCGAAGUACUAUCUGGGUGACCUGAUGCCGGGAACGUACUGCUCGAGGAUUUUCACCAACUGCGAUAAGAAGGCCUGCCGGUUGCAAUCACCCAACUUUCCAGGCGUCUACCCGAGAAAUCUGACCUGCUACUUUGCCGUGAGACAGCAUGACGUCCCAGCGGGCAAACAUGCCUUCAUCGUGAUUAGCCAGCCCAAGGGCAAUCUGGUGUGGAUCUCGACGGAGGCGUCCGCGGCCGGAAGUGGCCCCACGGGUUCCGGCGGAGGGGGUGGAGGCGCAGGUGGGGGAGGCGGCGGAGGUGGUGGCUCGAGCAGUUCCACCAACGACAAGGACAAGUACAAACCUCGGCUGCACACGUGGAACGAGUGCGACAGCGUGCAGGACAGUACAAAUCCCAAGUGGAAAUCCACGGACUACAUCACGGUCUACGACGGUUACACGACGCGCGAUCCCAUCAUGCUGAAGCUUUGCGGGGGCGGCGAGGCCAUCCCGCCGUCCAUCUCGAGCGGGCCGGAGCUGCUGGUCGAGUUCACCACGUCGCCGUUCGGAACGUUCAGCAGUCCGGAAACGAGCGCCCACUCGCUGCACGGCUUUCAGCUGGAGGUCUCGGUGAAGUUCGUCGACCUCCAGAGUCCCACGUACGCGAAAAGCAAACGCAUCUGCGAAUUCUGGCUGCGCGGUACCGGUCACGGGGUCCUGCAGAAUCCCCAGCACUCGUUAGCCCCGAACACCACCUGUCUCUAUCACUUGCAAGGUACGGAAGCACGCUCGCUGGACGCGAUCAACAUCCCGCGGAGAUCGGGCGCCUUCUCGACGUCACCGACGCGCUUCAAGGUGUGGAUCUCCGUCAUGAAGUUUGAGCUGGCAUCGCCCUUCGGGACCGUGGACGAUCAGCAGCUGCAGUUCCAAACCAAGGAAGACUGCAGCGGAAUGCUGCGCAUCUGGGAUGGUCCGCUGAGGGAGGUGCCCGUUUGCAAGGACAUUGAUUGCUUGACGGUAGACAAGGACGGCCACCAGCGGCCGAUGGUCCGCUUCGGCCAGAACAGUACCAACGUGAUCGCGCGGUUCUGCCGCGGGUCGGUUCCCCGCUCGUGUGACCACGGAAUGCUCAACAUGUCCAGCUCGCGCCCGUGUACCCUCUCGGAGAGCUUCGUGUCCAGCAGUGACUUUGUGACGCUGGAGCUCAAGACGACGGAAUCGACGGUGCUGCGGCCGCUCCAGUUCGCCCUCAAGUACGAGUUUGUGGACUUUUUGCAGGAUGGUGUUCCGUUCGCUGGUGAACACGAUUGCAACCGGCGGUUUUCCAGCAGCCAGAUCGAGAAGAAGGGAGUGCAUCCGGUGCGCAGCGUGCGGAACAUCUUUCUGUUUGGCCGGGGUGGGGCAAAGCAUUUGCAUUGUAUCUACCGCUUUGAGGCGCAACGCGGCGAGCGCAUUCGGCUGGAGGUGACCCGCGCCAUGACGGGCAACCGAACGUGCGAUUCGCGCGUGGAUCCCGACACGGGACGAUCGUACUGCUUCGGCGAUCCGAGCGCCAAGAUCGAAAUCUUCGAGCGGCCGUGGCACGAAUCGAUCGUGUUUCCGCGGGGUUGCAUCUGCAACUCGACCAAUCGGUCCUUCCUGCCGAUCGUGUUCAGCUCGACGGGGCGCGAGGUGGAGAUUCACUUCUCCGCCGGGAACAUGACCGCGCUAGACGAUCCGGACACGCUAAACUUUGAAGCGACCUUCGAGUUCAUCAAGGCGCCGGUCAUCUGUAAGGACGUGCGGCGGAAGAACGCCGUCACGGGGAUCGUCAAGCUGUCCGCUGGGGAGAUGGAGUGCCGCAACCGACCCUGGCUGAUCGAGCCCUCGCACGAGAAGUACCUCUACGUUCGGCUGCGAGGUCUGCUGCUGCGCAAGAACAAUCCCACCGUUCCGCUGGAGUACAACACCAGCCUCAGCACCGUAACGCCGAUCCGGUGCCCAACGAAGGCCCGCGUGGUCAUCACAAACAGCGAGGGCGUCUCCGUAACGGCGUGUCCCCUGCCGGACGACACCUCCCACCGACACGUGGUGGAAGUCUUCAGCGCCGGCUGGACUCGCAAGCAUCCCCACUUUGGAAUUGAACCCUCGAAAGUGAUUUCCGUUGAGUUCCUACAGCCGGACAACGGCGCGUACUCGUUCAGCUGGCUCGAGCUGACCAAGCGACCGGCAAAGUCAUUCGCCCUAACCGUCGCCGAAGAGUGUCCGUUCCAGUGUCCGGACCUGAACGCGUGCGUCAACGAGUCCAUCUGGUGCGACGGGAUCGCGCAGUGUCCGUCCGGCGAGGACGAAUCGUUUACGCACUGUUCGGCGCUGCUGCAGCUGCCGGCCGAGAUACUGGCCGGCUUCAGCGUGCUGCUGCUGCUGCUGUGCUGCGGACUGACCGCAUACCUGUACCGCAAAAUCCGCCGCAACUGCCGCCGGACGUCGGUGCUCCAGACGCGGCUCAAGUCGCUCAGCUCGAUGGACACGGCCGUGUUCGACGAGAAGGAGGUGAUUUGCUGACAAAGCGACAAUUCUGUACGGUACGUGGAGAUUGACCGCGUCACCACGGUCUGACCACGCACCGUACAGAAUUGUCCCCCCGCCGAGUACUCUCCAAGCUCCUGCCGGAUCCUGCUCCGCCGACACUUCCCGCCAAUUUGCGCUCUCCGUUUGGGUACGUUUUAAACUCUUAGUAAGAAGGGAAGAAGGUGUUUGUGGACGGUAGGAGAGAUAGGAUCAACUAAUCAAAAAACCAAAAGACAGACUCAAACUAAUAGUAAAAAAAACACACACACACACUUGUUGUAUUGCAGCAAUUCAGGAGCAGAAGCAGAUGAGAAUAGGGCUAUCGUUAGGUCGAAUUACUUAGGAAAGACACAAAUACUUACACAAAGAGAUUUCAGAACAAGAGUUGUUAAGCGCGCGCUGAUGAUGCGAAAGGAAGAGACUAAACUGUCAUUUUUGUACUACGUUUUAGUAAUACUUUAAUAACAAAUCAAGGCUCCCGAAGACAGAUUUGUAAUCUUACUGAAUUAAACUGAACAAAAGGCAAAUCAAACUUAGCGAACGUUUUAAGAAAUUUAGCUGAAACAUUCGAGUGUGGCAGAACCAAACUGUUCUUUCCCUGCCCACGGAUUUUGGUGAGCAGUCUUAAGAAAAUACACGCUUUAAAAUACUUAACCUUGAUUCACAGCAGCGAAAGCUUCUUCUUUGCUCCUCUCUCAAGUUCGAAAUAUCUGUAAAAUGAAUCGCUAAUUCAAGUGAAUGUCAUGAUUGUCAAUACGAUGCAACCGCAGUCAAAGCACACGAAAUUGAAACGAACGAAACCGAGCUCGGCACUCAAGCAGCCGCCCGUCACCAAGACACAUGCUAUCUCUUUUUUAUCUCUCUCACCUUCUCUUUUUCUUGCUCGUGUGGUGAUGCGUGUUGACAGCUAACAUUUGAAUGCAAUCCUGGGGAUGUGAGAUUGCCGCAAGGUCUUUGAUGACAUCGUCAGUUCGACAUCUGAUGUUGAAUGCUUUUUAUUUUAAUACAUUCGAACAAUGUUUGUAAACAAAACUGAACACUUGAAAGGCCGGCACAUCACGCUUUUUUUGAGCUUGAAAUGGUCUUUGAUUAUUUUCAACCAAUCAUAAUAAAUUUUUUUAAAACAGGUCCAGAUUUGAAUCGAGUUUUUUGGUUGGAUCCGAAUUUUGGAAUUUUCCUGAUUUAAUACACAUUCCGUUUGGGGUAAAUAAAAGUUUGCAAGCAACUUUCUGUUGUUGAUACAUCUGAAAAUGUUGUUUGAAUAGCGGUAAGCUGUGUAACAAAAAUGAAUACAUUUCCUCAUAUGCACAUAUGCAAUGCACUUUUUGUUCAGCUCCAACAGCUUUAAAAGUCAUUAAAUUUGAAUUAUGUUUCAACAUAGGAGUAAUUUUUCCAUUAAAAUUACUGAACGCAAAUAACGUCAUGAUUCGAAUUCCCGGACACCUCAUCUUGUUUUAUCAAUAAUUUGGAUAUAAGUUCGCAUUAUGAAUGUAAAAACUGUGUAAUUUGAUGAAUUCUACAUCGAUUUUCAUUUAAAGUUUGUUUGAACGCUGCAGUGAGUGCCAAACAAUAAAAUUAAAAUAUAAGUUUACCAAAAAACUUGAAAUAUUUCACUGAAAUAUUUCAUAGGCGUCCGAAGCACCGGGAAGGCAAAGCAGAAGUUUGUUUUGAUUUCCUUAAAUUCUAGCAUAUUUUUAUAUACAAUAUCGAUUGUUUUGAUGCGAACAGUUUUUUUUGAGACCUAAAGUAUGCCAUUCACUAUGAUUUCAGUCCAAAUUUGUGCGAUUCAUAAGCAAAACCUAGUGUCCGGAUUUCGAAUCAGCUUUUAUCAGUGUCCGGGAUUCGAAGCACAACAAGUCAUUUUAAUUUUAAAAUUCUGAUGAAAAAAUGUUAGAAAAGACAUAUUUAGCAUGAAUUCUCUUAAAACAGACAGUUUAUACUACAUCCUGAUGAUAUUUCUACAUUUCCAACUUAUUGCAUGAUUUUUUGCCAGCUACAUUACAAAUUAUAUGCUACUAAGUGUCCGGAUUUCGAAUCAUGACGUUAGUACUUUUUUCAAUUCCGCCGUAUAACUACUUACUUUUCCAGCCGACGAAAAAGCCUACUUUGCUGUAAUUUCCGGUACCAAAAAUAACAGAAUCGAACAGUAACACUUGUCAAAAUAAAUGCUGAAAAGUUCGACUUUUCAGCACUUGUUUCUUAAAUUAAUACUCUUCAAAAAAAAUAUUUAAACGGUUAAUUGACAAAGUAAAUGAACUUCUGCCUUAUGAUUCCACUCAAAGGGUGUUUUCAGAGUUGCAAAAUAGUAGUUGCAACAAGUUGCAAAAAGAAGAUUUCGAGAAUUGUUUUUGAAAAGGUCCUAUAAGCUAUUAUGUUUUAUAUGUUUAUAGGACCUAUUAAAAAAAAAUCUAACUUUUUUCAGCACGAUUCGAACAAACAAAGUUCACCGAGUUGGAUAAAUACGGCGAGUGCUGAUAAAGUCAAUUUUUGCAACGAGUUCCAUACAACAUUUUUUGCAAUUCCGAAAAACACCCUUUGAAUGGAAAUAUAAGUCAAAUGUUCAUGUUUUGUCAAAUAACCGUUAAAUUUUAAAAAAUGUUGAAAAUUAUUACUUUUCGAAACAAGUGCUGAAAAGUUCAACUUUUCAGCAUUUAUUUUUAAAGUGUUACCAUUCGAUUCUGUUAUUUUUGGUACACGCAGAAAAAUGUUCUGUAGAAUUUGCCUGUACGAGGUUUGAAUCAACAAUUUUUUUGUUGAAUAUAAUCAACAAAAAGAAUGCGUUGAAACAAACCUUGAUUUUCUCAAUUCUAACAAAAUCUUUUGUUGUGUACAGAAAAGUAAGCGAUUUCGUCGUUCAAGAAUGACAGAAAAAGCAAGUAGUUUCCCGACGGAAUUGCAAAAAAUAUACUUUGCAAUUCCCAUGUGAAACUGUCAAUUUUUCCUGUCCCUCUGGGGAAACGAAACGGCCUACUUUUCCCUACCAAAAAUAAUAGAAUAGUAAAAUGCUGAAAAAAAUCUGAUUUUUGCAACUUGUUACAUAACCUAGGGGAACAGCAUCUAAUUCCAGCGUGCCUCUAAUGUUGGCAGGUCAGAACUUUGACAUUCAAUUAAAGCUAAUUAAAAGCGUUUUCAACUGAAAUCGGGUGAUAAAUAGCUGAAUAAGAAGUGAGCAAGAAAGUUUCAAUCAUAAGUUUUGCAAAAUUAGUUGUUUAAAUAGUGAAAAUCAGCAAAUUGGAUGGAGUUAGGAGCGAGAGCUUAACCUGCCAAAGAUACGAGAUAUUACCCUACUAGUAUGGAACUUAUUUUCAGCACUCGAAACUUGAAAUAAAAUACGCAACAGCUUAUUUGAUUAACAAACACAAAUUAUUGAAAUAAUUAUUUAUCAGAAUUCAAGUUAUUGAACACGUUCCUAACAAAUCAUUAUUUACAAUCAACAACUCAUUGCUUCAAAACGUGUUUUUAAUAUAUUAAGAAUGAGCAAAUUUUACUCAAUAAAAGCAUUUGUAUUUGUUUUAAAGCUGUCUAAUUUCUUAAGAACUGCUCAAACAAAAUCCUAACAGAUGAUAACUGAUACUGUUUUCUGGAACAAUUUUAUGAUAGAAAAAAAAAACUUUAGGAACCAAACAAAUUUCUGAAAGUUACGCAAGCGAAAGAGCUUUUAAGUCUACCAUCAAACUGUGUGGCAAGCGAAAGCAAAGUGCGUGAGUGCGUGCGCAAGAGAAAGGCAAACUACUGUAAAAAAGCAUAAAACCGUAAAGAACGAGUAAAGUAAAGCUACUUGAAAUAAAUUAAAUGUAAAACUUUAAUAAAGUAACAGAGUUGAUUGAACCGAAAAAAAUACAUUUUUAGAAAAUAAAUUAAAGAAAGUAUUUAUAAAGUAUAUCCCUUAAACAAAACGAAACAAAACUGCAAAAAAGCAAGCAAAACAAUUAGCGAAUUUUAAUCAUUCUGAAGAAAACAAAAACAACUAUUAUAAACAAAAGACAGAUUUAAAUUUAAAAAAACGUGAAAAUUAAACGGAGCAAGCAAGCUUAGGAUGUUCAGGAUUGUUGAAUUGUUACUUAUAUCGGUUUUAUAUAAACGGACCAAUAUUUAGAGAGCGAUAAAAGGAAGGUACGCAAGCUGGAACUGUUCAGUGUAAACCGAGGAAAGCCAAAUCGGAGUGUAAAGCGAGUCGAAACCGGAUGUUUGAAAAUUCCAAAGUUAUUAGACACGAUAGUUGAAACCUUCUUCCGCCGGGCAGUGAAAAACAAGCAUACGUUUGAGUGGGAUUUUUAGUUGUACGUAGCUUUAACAGAAGAAUCAAUUCGUCGACGUUCUUUAAUCUCACCGAUUUACAUUCACCACGUGGAGUUCUUUAGGCAAGCAACAACAACAACAACAACAAACCAUGAUAACAUGUGAGAGCAAAAACAAAACUGCCAUCUGUUACGCACCACACUUACAAAAUUGUUAACAAAUUAAGCAACACAAACUUAACAACAGAACACAAAGGUACAUAAAGCAAUCAACACUUUGCGGGUGGAAAGGGGAUGGUGUUGCAGGGAUGGAAUUCCUGAGAUUCUGUUCAUGUUACAGCAGUUUUAUAAAUUGAAAUUUUAUUUAACAAAAAUCCUUUUCUAAUAAGUGUAGAUUUAGAAUUUGGUGUAGAACUGUCUUGAUAGGAUUGGAGAUCUUCAAUGUUUGUGGCAAUUGUUAAAAUUAUAGGCAACUCAUUUAAUUGAAAAGUUGAUUUAGAAAUUUCAUAAAACAUGGGUUUCAACCUAACUUCAACUAUUUCAGCGUUAACUUUUCAGCGAAUUCCCGAUGUCAAUUGUUUAGCUAUGCUUGAUAUAUUUUAACUCGGGUGCAGAAUAAAAUAAUUUUAAAACAUUGGUUUGGCCGUUGCAAAUAUUCUCCCUUCAAAGUCUGCUCGAAAAUCAGUGGGCAAAACUUUUUUUUUCGA